AUGUUACUAUUAUCUAUAAUUGAUGAUUUUAAAGCAAAUUGGUUUAAUCAAGAAAUGAAAAAUUAUUUUAUUAAACAAAUUAUUGAAAAUAUUUCUAUAACUGAUUCAUUUUCUAAUGAAGGUAAUCCAAUAAUAUUUACUAAUGCAUUAAAAGAAAUUAUGAAACAAAAAGAUAAAUUAUUACAACAACCACUUAAUGCUGUUUGUAGAAUUUUAAAUUUUAAUUAUUUAUUUCAUCAACUUAAUAAAGAAACAAUUCACACACUUUUACGAAAACGUUUUAUUCUUAUGUAUAUUGAAAAUCAAUGUUCAGAAACAAAAUUUGGUCCUGAAUAUUUAAGUAUUGUUCAAGAACAAUUAUAUGAUAUACUUUUUGAUACAUUACGUGGAAUACCACUUCAAAAUUCAUUCAAACAAAUUGAUAUUAAUAAUGAAGAGUUAAAAGAAUUUUUAGGCAAAUACUACGAUACUACUAUUAAUUCUAUUGAUGAACUUACUGAAAGCUUAGGUAUUGAUCGUAUAACAAUACUUCCGAAAGAAACAAUUUCAUUUAUUCUAUAUCUUCUAACAACUAUACGUGAACACGAUCGACCUAUGAAAUUAUGUACUAAUUUUACUUUAAAAUAUUGA